AUGACAGAAGCCCAGGAUGUGUUAAAAAACAUCCAGCGAAAACCCGGCCUGCAGAUCUGGACCAUCAGUGUGAGCAACAGCACCUCACAAUCCACUGACAUCCACUACUGGAUAGGCAACACAUCGUCUCAGGACGAGCAGGGAGCGGCAGCCAUCUAUGUGACCCAACUGGACAAGUAUCUCGGCGGCAGUCCGGUUCAAUACCGUGAGGUUCAGGGAUGUGAAUCAGCUAAAUUCAAAAGCUACUUCAAGAAUGGCCUCAUAUAUAAAAAAGGUGGUGCGGGAUCGGGAUUCACACAUGUGGAGACCAACACGUUUAACAUUCAGCGCCUGCUCCACGUCAAAGGAACGAAACAUGUGACUGCAAGAGAGGUGGAGGUUUCCUGGAGCAGUUUUAAUCUAGGGGACAUAUUCCUGCUGGACUUGGGAAAAGCAAUAAUACAAUGGAACGGUCCUCAAAGCAACAGACAAGAAAAAUUAAAGGCCGUUCUGCUGGCUCAGGACAUCAGGGACCGAGAGCGUGGAGGCCGGGCUCAGAUUGGUGUGAUCGAGGGUGGGCAGGAGGAAGCCUCUCCUGAGCUGAUGAAGCUCAUGAUAUCUGUUUUGGGUCAGAGGACUGGACACCUGAAAGAGUCAAUCCCUGAUGACAAACCAGACCAAAACCAGACCUCUAUCAUCAAACUGUACCAUGUGUCUGAUGCCAGUGGUCAGCUGUUGGUACAGGAAGUGGCUACCAGUCCACUGACCCAGGAUUUGCUGAGUUCCUCUGAUUGCUAUAUUUUAGAUCAAGGUGGCAGCUCAGUAAUGGUCUGGAAAGGAAAGGCAGCAUCAGAUGAAGAGAGAAGCUCAGCACUGAGUCGCGCGGUUGGCUUUAUAAAAGCAAAGAACUACCCGUCCAACACUAAAGUGGAGGUUAUGAGUGAAGGAGGAGAGUCUGCCAUGUUUAAACAUCUCUUCAAGUCCUGGAAAGAAAAAGGUCAAACUCAAGGACUGGCUAAAGUGGAUCAGGUGAAGUUUGACGUCAUGGAGCUUCACGCUCAGCCAAAGCUGGCUGCUCAGGAGCGGAUGGUGGACGAUGCCUCAGGACAUAUUCAGGUUUGGCGCAUUGAGAAUCUUGAACUGAAGGAGGUGAACCCGAGCACAUUUGGACAGUUCUAUGGAGGAGACUGUUAUCUAGUGCUGUACACCUACAACAGAGCCAACAAACAACAGUACAUCCUCUACAUGUGGCAGGGUCGCCAUGCUACACAGGAUGAGGUGACGGCAUGCGCUUAUCAGGCGGUGAAUUUGGAUAACAAAUACAAUGGAGCCCCAACACAGGUCAGAGUGGUCAUGGGAAAAGAGCCAAGACACUUCCUGGCCAUCUUUAAGGGCAGGCUCAUCAUUUUUGAGGGUGGGACAGGAAGACCGGGUGUUGUGAACCCUGAUCCUGGUGCCAGACUCUUCCAGGUCAGAGGAACACAUGAGAUGAACACCAAAGCAACAGAGGUGCCCGGCAGAGCCUCCUCUCUCAACACCAAUGAUGUCUUUCUGCUCAAAACUCAUCAGAACGUCUUCCUGUGGUAUGGCAAGGGUUGCAGUGGAGACGAGAGGGAGAUGGGGAAAGCCGUAGCUGAUUUGCUUUCUGAGCAGGACAAGCAGAUUGUAAUGGAAGGACAGGAACCAGCUGCCUUCUGGGUGGCUUUGGGAGGGAAAGCUCCAUAUGCCACUGACAAGAGACUGGAGAAAGAAGUGGCACCUCACGAACCUCGUCUGUUUGAAUGCUCCAAUCAGACGGGCCGAUUCCUUAUGACAGAGGUGGCUGACUUCACUCAGGGAUUGACCUUGUCAUGCUUCAGAGGUGGCUGGGUUCACUCAGGUCAUGCUGUCGCUUCUUUUGAUGAGCUGAUGAUGUGGCAUCAAAAAGUUAGAAAGCUCCUGGUCUUACUUGCAUGUCAAUCUCCUAAACCCCUCUUCUUCCUCCUCCUUCAGAUUUUCCUUUGGAUUGGUAACUCAGCCAACCAGUACGAGACUCAGGAGUCCUAUAACAGUGCAGUGGAAUAUCUUAAAACCCACCCAGCCGGACGGGACCCUGGGACACCGAUCACCACUGUUAAACAAGGCCAUGAGCCGCCCACCUUCACCGGCUGGUUCAAUGCCUGGGAUGCUCAUAAGUGGAGCGGAGGCCUUUCAUACGAGGAGAUGAAAAGCAAGCUGGGUGAUAUUUCGCAAAUCACUGUGAAUCUCAACAACACAAGCCUGAAUAAGAAGACAGGAGGAGGUGGAGGGAGCUACAGCGCUCCUGGAGGCCCAGGAAAUAUAAAGUCCCAUAAUCAGAGGAUGUCCUCCUCCAUCUCCAAUGCAUAUGUAGACCAGUCUCUCAGUAGAGCAAAGCCUUCUGGGAUGCUACAUUCUGAGCAGCUAGUUAAAACACCUAAUCAGCUGCCUCAAGGAUUGGACCCUGAAAAACGAGAGGAAUAUUUGACUGAUGCAGAAUUUGAGAAUCUCUUUGGCUGCACCCGUAACAAUUUCCAGCGGCUGCCUAAAUGGCGUCAGAACGAUCUUAAAAAGAAGGCAGGGCUGUUUUGAGUUGAUUUUGUUAUAAUGAGAUAUAGUCUGAUCUUCAGACCUGAUUAUUGUGCUCUAUGUGUAAUUUGGGUUAGAAGAUAGUCACCUAUGCAAUGUUAUAGAGUUAUUUAUUCGUCAAAAAGCUAAUAUGACCUAAUACAAAUGCUUUGUAAAUAUCUUGCAUAGAACAUUAAAAUUAUACCACCAAAAUGAUUCUAUCAGUCACUUAGAACGUCUACAUGCUUUUUAAUCCUAAUAAAAACACACUGUAAGCCAAGAAA